AUGUCUUCCAACUACCCCGACCCCAACGCGCAGAUGAGCGGAGCUCCGGGCGCAUACGUCAAUCACAAUGAGGCGCAACCCACCCAGCAGCAGCAACAGCACAUGUCCGACCCGGAGCUGCGCUUGCAAGAAAAUCUGCAACAGCUUCGGGAAGGCGGCGAUAUGAUGCACUCAGGAAACCAACAGCAGCCCCAGUACCAGCAACUGGCACAGAUGCCUCCUUCGAUGGGCGCGCACCAGCACUUCCAGUCGCCCGCGCGCCCUACACAUUCUCCCCAGCAGAUGGCGCAUGCAGUCAUGAGCUUGGAAGGACAGCACGACGCAUACGAUCCCAACGAUCCAAGUCGCAAGCGAUCCAAGGUGUCCCGCGCUUGCGACGAGUGCCGGCGGAAGAAGGUGCGCAAUGCUCCCAGCGUGCUGGCACAGUCUGCUAACAAGAACAGAUACGGUGUGAUGCGACAAGCGAGAAUGGACCAGAAUCUUGCUCCAGUUGUAAGAGAACAGGAGCGCGAUGUCAAUUUAGUCGACAACCCAUGA